GUGUAAGUAAGUACCACGAUGUACAUGUAGAUCCUUUCCGAACCCCCAUUAUACCUUUUGUUUCUGGUUCUUCAGUACCUCCACAUCUUCCAUGACACAUAUCUGAAAAAAGCAGAAACAUGACGUCCAAAACCUAUGGUGCAGCUUCCGGGUCGACCAACCCCAACCCUUAUGGGGGUCACGGUUAUCGUGGUCACGGUGGAGGAAGCUCCAACAACGCGGUUGGAACCUACGUGAAAAACUAUUACUCAAAGCAAGGACAAGAUCAUGGUCCCGCGCCAGGACAAGGAGGAGGGGUUUUUGAACUUUGACUUUUUUUACCACUACAAAUAGAUACUAUGUUAUGUUGCGUAAAAAUACUACUCCACCUCGAGGACUCAGACUCUAGUGUCUCGUCUCAUUAUCAACUAUAUUUAACUACAAAACACCAAUUACUUCUACAACAGUCUGCUACUUCUUCGUCCCCGCCUCCGACACAUACACAUGCGGUAUCUACUUCCGGAACGGCAGGAACAACUACAACAUUAGGUUCCAAUUAUAAUGGGAACAAGCGAGAGAUGGACAUUCUUCUCGAGGAGAUGAAGAAGAAAAACAGCGAGAUGCAGAAGAGUCAGCGGGUGAGGAUCGAGAUCCCGAAGAACGCCUUGCAGCACAGGUUUAUUGACCUCGUAGCGCAUUACGCAGCUAGAUGCGGGCACGGGUUCGAGAACGUAGUGAAGGAAGAUAUCCGAAAAGGAAAGGUACUAGUGAAAGAGGACAACUUCUUGAAAGUCCUCAAGUACAACUUCUUGCCAGAAUAA